GGUAAUCGGACCACAGGAGAAAAAGUUUUGUACAAAGAUAUGUAGACAAACGAGCGCAGCUGAUUUCAACUAAGUUUUGUUUGCCAAAGUGAUUUUGUUUAUAUUGGUUAUUGUAUAAAAGACAAGUGCAGGGGUUGAACUGACGAGCACAUAAGGAAAGGACGGUGGCGCUUCAGGGAAGAGGUGCCGUGAGAAAGAUUUCUAUCUCUCACAUACAAUCACAGCCGCACCCGAGUCGCAUCUAACAGCAUUUCUAUCUACCUACUCUGCAAUAGCAUGGCCAGAUCUAGUAAAGCGACUUUAGCGUUGCUCAUCUAUGGAAUCAUGAUGCACUACAGCGCCUAUUGCACGCCUAUUGGGAUGACUUUUCCCAAGAUGAGACUAGAGAAUGAUGUAUUUGACGAAGACGGAGACUCGUUAAGCGACCUGGCUUUUGGCACUGAUCAAAUUGCUAUAAGAAGUCCUCCAUCUCUCACGGAUGACAUAUACACUCUAUACUAUCCACCAGAGAAAAGAACGAAAAGGCAUGCAGAUGGAUUAUUAGAUAGAGCCUUGAGGGACAUCCUGGUUCAGUUAUCUGCACGAAAAUAUCUGCAUUCUCUGAUGGCAGUUCGCGUAGGCGGAGGAAGCAGCGAGGAGGACGAAUCGGAACAGUUAUCAAAAAGGCAUUCGGACGGGAUCUUCACCGAUAUUUACAGUCGCUACCGAAAACAGAUGGCCGUCAAAAAGUAUUUAGCAGCGGUCCUGGGCCGAAGGUACAGACAGAGAGUUAAAAACAAAGGACGUCGAUAUGCUUAUUUGUAGCGCUGACAAAACUACUCCCGACUGCCCUCCCAUGUGUACAUUCAACCCUAAGAUCAAAUUCAUUCUGAUAUAACUGAUUAAUCAGUGGAUCGCGCCUGUGUUCCUUAAACAUGUAUUUAUGUAUGAAGUAAAGCCAUUAAAAUGAAUAUUUUACUAAUAACAUUGUUUUUCUUUUUGUACAAAAGCACUUGAAACUGCACAGUUAUACUUUGUGGACCAACCGUUUAGUUUCAUGUAUUUAGCUAUAAAUGUUGAAAGCAAAAGAUAACAAAAACCAUAAGGAAAGAAAAAAGAAGAAAAAAAUGUGCACCUUGAACGUUUAUGCGCCUGAUAUCUUUUCAAAUUCAUCAUCACAUGCAGAAAAUAAAUAGAUUUUAAAAAGACAAUCAAAGUGCUGAAUGUUAUACUUAUUUUUGUAAUCUGAUAAAAAAGUAUAAUGUUAUUUUAUUCAAAGUCUGCCCAGGGAUGUAAUGGGACAUACUCUGUGAAAUGCAGGGCUGUUUCUUUUGUGACUGAGUUGGAAAGAUGUAUAUAUAUAUAUAUAUAUAUAUAUAUAUAUAUAUAUAUAUAUAUAUAUAGUAGCUGGCUCGAUUCCCUCUUUCUUAGCCCACUCAUUUGUGAAAUGUACUUCAAAUCACCUUGUCUUAACCAGAUGGAAUGUGAUUGUCUCACCUGUGUUUUGUGACUGGAGCCAGUAGCCAGAAUGCCUGACUGGAAAACAUGACACUGGAGUAUCUGUUGUGUUAAUAUCCUUUUUUUAUAUAUAUACUUUUUUUUUCCUAUUGUUUAAUUCACUGAGUUAUCUCUCUUUUUCAUCUCUCUGCAUGCUAUACUUAUAAUGUAUGCAUGCAUGUCCUUUGCACUUCUUUGUUUCCCAUGCAGUUACAUUUUUCCAUUCCAGUCUGUUCCAUGCUCACUGUUUCGGUCCCUCCAUUAGCAAUCAGAAUAGAUAUGCCUCUGAGGAAGGAGGACACUUUUGAAUUUAAAAUGGUAUAGAACCAAACAAGCCCUAACAUUCUUAAAUGCAUCAUCCCUUGAGUCCCUAAAAUGUGUUGUGGAACAGGUGUGUCACUCUCUCAGUUGUUUGCAUGUUUUCAAAACCUUCGUGGAUAGCUUUGCAUUGAUUCUGACUUGCGGAUCUUACACCUUGUAACACAGAAGCUGCGAAUGCUUUGGUAUGUGCUCUCUGUAGCUAGACUAAACCAAUAUCAACUAUUGGCUGAAAUAAUGACAUCAUUUAAUGACACCACAAUAUUAAAAUCUUGUUAAGUCUGUGUUAAAAAUGUGCCAGUGAAGAAAAAAAAAAGUGAAAUCUCUCCGUCUGUGUAAUAUACUGCAAAUGUAGUGGAUGGUACCCUCAUAUCCAUGAUUUCAUUCUUCAAUGGUGGUACUGUCAUAGAGGCUACAAUUGCUCCUUAAUUCUGCUGAGAUAGAAUAAAGUAUUCAAAACAAUUUCAGUACCUCAUUGUAGACCUGCAUAAUUUGUGUUAAUGCUUAUCUGUAAUUAGUGCUGAUGAUCGAAGGAAUGUGAGACGAGUGAAUGAGGAGACCAGUAAGAACAAGUGGGGAGGCCUUGUGAAACUCAUACUGAUCAUUGUCAUUUACGUUACCUUUAUGGCCAGAUAGAGCUAUUGCAUGUUCAAGAUAGACUUUUUGUUGUACUGUAUGUAUAGACGAGGGACAGAUACUAGGCUUUUGGGAGGGACACACUGCAAAAUCAUAUAGUGUUUUUUUCUGUUUUUUCUUUUUUUAAUCAUACAUAUUUUGGUUACGCCUGCAUUGCAUUCAGUAUAUUUUUCCUGAUGUGGAAAUCAGGUCUUAUUCAUCCACUAAUUCAAUAUGUAAACCAUUGUCCCAGGCAUGAAAUCAAUCUUUCUUCAAAUUGGCAUUGUUCCCCAGGCUUCAUGUGAGUAUGGAUGUGUCUCUGAGAGGAAUGUGUGUGUUUGGUGGGUGGGUGAGUGAAUGUAUGUGUAAAUGUGUGGACAUAAUGAUGUUAUGAAAUAUGAUAUGAAUUUUGGCUUAGGUGCCUUGUGUCAACUUACGAUAAAAAAAAUCGCCACUUAUCAUGGAUGGCAAUUUCAGUGGCCCUACAAUGCUGCAAAAUAUUAGAUUCCAUUUCACUGACUUCAUCUUUACUUUCCCUCUCCUUUUAUUGAAACUUGGUUAAACUAAUUAUUUAAUUAGAACUGAAAAGCAUGGCCAGCAUAUAUUGUGAUCAAAUCUAUUACUGAACUGGUGUACAUGGUAAAAGUAUUAAUUGUCUGGAUUGUUUAAGCUGAUGAAUAUGUGUAAGUGUGGCAAGCACGUAUUUUGUUUCGCUCUACUCAGUAACUAUCACAUUGUUGCCCAAACUUGUGUAGAGGUCCAUGAAGAAUAGAUAGGUUUUGUGUUGUUUCUUGUUGCAUUGCUUGAGGGUUUUUUGACAGCGAGCGGAAAACCUUAUGGAACCCAGGCCACGGCACAGCCUGUUGUGUACAUUUGUGAAAGCGCCGAAAGCCUUAAUGUGAAAGUUUUAUCUAUACCUGAAACAUUAUUUGUGACAAGUGAAUAUUAGCAAGUGACAUCAUCUUAUUAACACAUACGUAUAACUCCUUAAGGGGUGACAUUUUUAAAUGUUAAAAAAAGUGUUGUAAGAUUUGUAUGAAUAAAUUUUUG